AUGUCAAAAAUCCUCGGUUGGGCUGCAUUCGGCGCGGCCGUCCGCUGGUGGCAGCUUGGAAUCGAGAUGCGCCCUUACUUUUCUAAGGAGACGCUGUGGCACUACCCACUCUACGCCGGUAUCACCGGAUCCUUCGGCUACUGGCUCAUGAACGUCGAAGAGCGCCAGAUCAAGUACCUGAACGAGCGAAAGGAGGCCCUGCUGGAGAAGCGGAGGAGGUUCGCUGGCGCGACGGGGGAGGCACCUCCAGUUGUGGCGGUUUAA